GAGAGCAUUGGCUGCAGGGUAGCAGAGCUGUAGCAGCCAGUGGUGCCUGGGGCUGGCCUAGGCAUGUAGAUCAGAGACUGAGCCGGGCAGAACAAGCUGGUGGCAGUGGCGGUGGCGACAGGCAGCCCCAGAAGCCCCUGUGAGCUGAAGAAAGAGUUCUUUAUGCCUUUCAGAAGGAAGCUCGCUCUGCAAGGCUGAGGAAACAAAAGGAAGAAUUGUGUGUGGACUCUAGUCCAGACAUCUCAAUUCAACAGUUCCCUGUCGCUCACUCCGGGAUGGUAUGAUGACCCUCUCAUUUCUCCUGAGGUCCUGUCUUCGCUCUGCCAUAAGGAGUCUACCCAAGGCAGCACAUAUCAGAAACACUUCCAGCAUGACGGAAGGACUCCAGCCGGCUAGUGUUGUGGUCCUGCCCAGAUCCCUAGCACCAGCUUUUGAAAGCUUCUGCCAGGGCAACCAGGGUCCUCUGCCCCUCCUUGGCCAAAGUGAAGCGGUGAAGACACUCCCUCAGCUGAGCGCUGUUCCAGACAUAAGGACCAUCUGUCCACAGUUGCAGAAAUACGAGUUUGGCGCCUGCACAGGCAUCCUGACCUCACUGGCAGAGCACUCAGAACAACUAAAAGAAAUGGUGACCUUCAUCAUAGACUGCAGCUUCUCCAUAGAAGAGGCCUUGGAGCAGGCAGGGAUCCCCAGAAGAGACCUAACAGGUCCCAGCCAUGCAGGAGCAUACAAGACAACAGUGCCCUGUGCCACCAUUGCUGGCUUCUGCUGCCCUCUGGUGGUCACAAUGAGACCUGUUCCCAAGGACAAGCUGGAAAGGCUGUUGCAGGCCACUCACACCAUAGGAGGACAGCAAGGACAACCCAUUCACAUCGGUGACCCAGAUCUUUUGGGUAUCGAGGCACUUUCCAAACCUUACUACGGGAGUUAUGUGGAGUGUCGGCCCAAGGAUGUCCCCGUGUUCUGGCCGUCUCCGCUGACCAGUCUGGAAGCAGUCAUCAGCUGCAAGGCUCCAUUGGCUUUCGCCAGCCCUCCAGGCUGCACGGUGAUGGUCCCGAAGGACACAGUGUCUUCAGCCAGUUGUCUGACUCCUGAGAUGGUUCCAGAAGUCCACGCCAUUUCCAAAGACCCUUUGCACUACAGCAUAGUGUCAGCCCCUGCUGCUCAAAAGAUCAGAGAGCUAGAGUCCACAAUUGCCAUAGACCCAGGGAACCGAGGAAUCGGGCAUCUACUACUUAAAGAUGAGUUGCUGCAGGCUGCUUUGUCACUGUCUCAUGCCCGCUCCGUACUAGUCACCACUGGAUUCCCAACACAUUUCAAUCAUGAGCCCCCAGAAGAGACAGAUGGCCCACCAGGAGCCAUAGCCUUAGCUGCCUUCCUACAGGCUCUGGGGAAGGAGACCGCCAUGGUAGUAGACCAGAGAGCCUUGAACUUGCAUAUGAGGAUUGUUGAAGAUGCCGUUAGGCAAGGAGUUCUAAAGACACCAAUUCCCAUAUUAACUUACCAAGGAAGAUCCAUGGAAGAUGCUCGGGCAUUUUUGUGCAAAGAUGGGGACCCUAAGUCUCCUAGAUUUGACCAUCUGGUGGCCAUAGAGCGUGCGGGAAGGGCUGCUGAUGGCAAUUACUAUAACGCGAGGAAGAUGAACAUCAAGCACUUAGUUGACCCCAUUGAUGACAUUUUCCUUGCUGCACAAAAGAUUCCUGGCAUCUCAUCAACUGGCAUUGGUGAUGGAGGCAAUGAGCUUGGAAUGGGCAAAGUAAAGGAGGCCGUGAAGAAGCACAUUAGAAAUGGAGAUGUCAUUGCCUGUGAUGUGGAGGCUGACUUUGCUGUCAUUGCUGGUGUUUCUAACUGGGGAGGCUAUGCCCUGGCCUGUGCACUGUAUAUUCUGAACUCAUGUCAAGUCCAUGAGCGCUACCUGAGGAGGGCAACUGGACCUUCCAGGGGAGCUGGGGAACAGAGCUGGAUCCAGGCCCUGCCAUCUGUCACUAAGGAAGAAAAGAUGUUGGGCAUCCUGGUAGAGAAGCAAGUGCGCAGUGGUGUCUCGGGCAUCGUGGGCAUGGAAGUGGAUGGGCUGCCUUUCCAUGACGUUCAUGCUGAGAUGAUCCGGAAGCUGGUGGGUGCCACCACAGUGCACAUGUGACCAGCUGUGCUGUUUGUGUGCCCAGUCCCUUGCCCGAUGCCAGCCUUCGUCUAGGUAGGAGUUCCAGGGGCAUUGCUCUUCCUGCCCUUCAUCCUGGCUUCUUCUGGCCACCCUGUGCUCUGCUCUGGGAAUCUUUCUGCCUCUCAGUUAAGAGAGGAGUCUGAAACAGUUAACUGUAGAGCAGAGCCUAAGGGCAGUGGUGGUGCACACCUUUAAUCCCAGCACUCAGGAGGCAGAGGCAGAGGCAGCUGGAUCUCUGAGUUUGAGGCCAGCCUGGUCUACAGAGUGAGUUCUAGGGCAACCAAGGCAUCACUGUGACCUGGGCUAAUCGAGAAAGGGUAGAGAGCCCACACGUGGAGUGUUGGCUGAAACACUGGGGUUCAUACUCACCACCACCAGCAAAACAGUUAUAUCUUUGAAAUGUUUUUCCCCCAUACAGUCAUAAUUUACUGUUUGAUGGGGUUCCUCCAGCCAUGACAUCCCACUGUCCCUCACCCCCAUUCACCCCUGACAUUUCUUACACACACUUUCCAUCAGCUCACUCCUACACCUAGCCAGACUCUUUCCCCGUUUUGAGGGGGAAGGAAGCCAUAUUUACCAGUAUUGCCCAAAGGUGAGUCAGACCUCCCCAGGGCUCAGGCAGAUGAGCUCGCCCUGAUCUUUCACAUCCUCCAACCCUACAUUUCUCAACAAAACCAGAAACUGAGCCACUGACCAGGCCCUAUUACACAUUUAUUCCUGACAUCAUGGUGACAUUUCAUGUGGGAUCUGAGCCUACUAAAAGUUGUUUCAUGUCUUUACACGUGUGUGUCUGGUAUGGUUCUUUAAGGGGCCUUCAUUGUGAAAAAGGAACACAUGGUAUAGAUUUUACACUCCAAUAAAGUAUAAGUGUAAAGAGAAAA